GCAUUACACUUCCUCUACGUGGAAGAAAUCUUGAGAAAGUGACAGCUUUCAAACUUGAACACUAUUCAUUCGAUUUUUCUUGAGGUGAACGCAAAUAAACAACAGAAAUCAUGCCUGCCAAACAGAGAAUGCGCUUACAAAGCGAAAAGCACCUGAAAAACAUCACGACCAGAGGAAAUGUGCCAAAAUCAUUGAAACCCCAGGAAGAAAAAUACCCAGUAGGACCCUGGCUGUUAGCAUUGUUCAUCUUUGUUGUGUGUGGAUCAGCCAUUUUCCAGAUCAUACAGAGUAUAAGAAUGUUCUAGACGGACGGAAUGGAUACGGACACUGAAUAUGCUCCAGGAUUUUUACCAAUGUCUCAGGCACACUUCAAAAAAAAGAACAGAUUAUACCAGACUGCAGCAAUAUAUAUGAGUUUCUUGGAAUUCUUUAGUUCAAGAAACUUUAAUUUAGAUAAUUAGUUGAAUGUAAUAAUACAAAUAGAAACCUUUGAACUGACACUGUUUACAUAUUUCUUGUUGUAACUAGUUAAGUACAUUUAGUAAGUCUGCUAACUCUUUAGAUAAAUACUUUAUAGUAAGUUUUAGUCAUGUAGUUUUGGAUUCUUCCUAUAUGCAUAUUAUACAAAGCCAGUUAAAAGCAUUCAAUACAAUCGGAAUAUGUUGUUCAUAAAAUGAUAUAUUGAGAUGCCAGUAAGUGUUGAAAUGUAGUAAAUUAUUAAUAUUAUAUUAAAGUGUCUGUGACACCCCCUGGAAAAAGUUAACCUUCACAUUUAAACCUACAAACAAUUCAUGAAUUGAUUUACUGAUCACAUCACUUGACACUGUAAUAUGCCUGCAGCAGAAACUAAAGAAACAAAACAUGUCAAUUUCUUGACAAGUGAUUGUCAAGUUUCAUUGUUCAUUACUUCCUACAUGCAUUUUAUGCUUUGAUGUUAAAAUGUUGAUUGCAUCAUUAUAAAUGUUGUAAGGUAAAUGAGAGGUACAUUUUUUGAAGCAUACAUGAACAUUGAUUCAGCUUUCAUCUUUUUCACUUGUUUUAGUGAUUGCCUCGUAAAUAAUAUCUAAAUUUUGAAAGAUUUUCUGGUAUAAUUUUUUUUAUAUCAAAUUUGAACGAUUGUUGAUAAAAUCUUUAUUAAUGGAAAAUUAUUGAUGUGCAAAUGUAUCCCUCGUAAUUGAGAUAUUUAAUUAAAAACAUAUUUUGAUUUAUAUCAUCAAUGAUAACAGUUUUAGGGAAUGGUUUGAAAUGUCCAUUUUAAUUAUCAACUUAAGUUCAAUUACUGAAAAGCUACUUUUUUUAAUAACAAAAUGAUCAUUUAAUUAUUUGCUCAUGAUGCUUCGAUAGAUUUUUUUGAUUGGAAAAGGGAUGGAAAAAACCCUUACCCACCUACAUCAGUUUUUAUUUUACAUGCCAAAAUCAAUUGUUUGAAGUCCCGAGUUAAUGUUUGUUGUAAAUGAUUUUAAAUUGCUACUGAAGACAAGUUGGGGUUUUUCAAUGAAGCAAUGCUUUUUUUUAAUAGAGCAAGGCAAAAAAUCACUACCUUUUUAACUGCCAGUACAGGUCAUAAAAUAUGUGCAGUUAGUAAGUGCAGCUUUAAUUGACCGUAUCAGCAUAAUUGUUCCAAUAUCGGGAAGUGCUAGUCAUCUGAUUAUUGUCAUCAUUGCCAGGGCUCAGCCCAAUCCAGACCUAACUCCAUAUCGAAAUAAUUCGAGUUGUGUCCGUCUUGUGCUGAGCCCUUGAUUACCAUUCAUUAGUUCAUAAGUUUGUUUGAUACUGGCGGAGACAGGAUGGACCACACACACUUUUAUUAUGUACUGCCUUCUACUGGAUAUGCUAAAUUAUCUCGUUUUUGUUAAGCAUUAAAUCUCAGAGAGAUUUGUUAAUGCAUUCCUACUGUGUAAGUUUGACAAGCAAUUGAUAAAAAACACUCAAUGUACAAUAAUUUUGAAAUAGUUGUUAUCAGAAUGCUGAUUGUUAUACAAUAAAUACUUUUAAAAACUAAUACAUACAUGUGCAUGUAUGGUGCAUUUUUUUUAUAAAGAAAAGAUAAAAAGCUGUUGACUUUCUCAAAUAGUCUGAAGUUUUAUCAAGUUUUAUCAUAUAUCUGUGUUCAACAUAUGUAAAUAUAUAUGUUGUUGUAUAUAUUUGAUGUCAAUGAUGGUACGUUAUAGAUAAAACAUGACAAAUAGAAA